AUGACACACGUAGCUAUCUUGACAGGAGCCUCUAGAGGGAUCGGUAGUUCCAUCGCCGAAAUUUAUCUUAAGAAGGAUUCUAGCAACAAAUUAGUUGCGGUCUCUAGAUCAGAGAAGGAAUUGAAGAAGUUAUCAGAAGAGUAUGGGUCUGAUAGAGUUCAAUUUGUAGUUGGGGAUGUGGCCAAGCCAGAAACCAGCACCAAAGUCUUGAAAUUGGCAAUUGAAAAAUUCGGCCAAAUCAACUCCAUUAUAGCCAAUGCCGGUGUAUUGGAUCCAGUCGACCAAGUAUCGAAGGCUGAUGUCGAUGGAUGGAGAGGAUUGUUUGAUAUCAACUUCUUUGCGGUUGUUGAUUUGGUUCAACAAUGUAUUCCAGAGUUGCGGAAAACAAAAGGUAACAUUAUAGCUGUUCUGUCUGGUGCUUCAACUACAGCAUACAACGGAUGGGGUGCUUACGGUGCAUCAAAGGCUGCUUUAAACCAUUUUGUCUUAUCGGUGGCAUCAGAAGAAUCCGAUAUCAGUGCCAUUUCUGUUGCACCAGGAGUGGUAGACACAAAUAUGCAAAAUGAUAUUAGAAACAAGUUCGGAAGGAACAUGACCAAGGACUCUUUAAAGAAAUUCGUUGAUCUUCACAAGAACAAUGAAUUAUUACCACCUGAAGUCCCUGCUACUUGUUAUGUUAACCUUGCAUUGAACGGAUGGGAUAAGACUAUCAAUGGUAAAUAUUUAAGAAUCAAUGAUGAUGCCAUGAAGCCAUACUUACAGUAA